CAUUUAAUAUGUUUUAAAAACUGGACCCAUGACAUGGUUAUGGAUGUUUUAGGAAGCGCUUUAAAUUUAAAAUGUUGCGUAAGAGAUACGCAUUGUAAACGAUUAAAUGUUCUGGCUGGUUCAAAAGUAAUGAUAUUGCAAGAAGUAAAUGAGCCGUUUCUAAACAUGGCUGUCUCGAAAGCCGCUACAUUGCUCGGUGCUUACGAUGUCAAUAUUACGGACAAUUUAGUUUGGGAACAAGAUUACGUGGGCAGGAUAUUUUCCUACAUGGCGGAUGUUAUAUUCGUUGCAACUAUGACGCAUAUGUGCGUGCAGAGGUUCGCAAAUCAAUCAACAGUGCCAGUUCUGUGCAUGCGUUCUAGGACUCACGCUAGUAUACAAGCUUUGGCUACGAUUAUGUCUAUCAUUGAGGAAUUUGGUUCACUAAGGGAUUUAAAUUUUGCUUACUGUGGAUCGCCUCAUCCGGUUUUGAACUCCUACCUACUUCUGUGUCCAAUGCUUGGAGCUAAUAUAAAGUUCAAAUGUUGUUGUAAGAAAUGCCCCGUAAGUCCACUGCUCUUCAAGGCGAGUGAAGAUAUGACCACGCGAACUAAAACAGGUCUAAAGGAAUGCUUAUCGAAAGAUCAAGUUCUGAAAGAUGCAAGUGUCAUCAUCGGGGGUCCAGCCGAUGCGAAGAAAGUUCACGAGUUUAAACUACAUGUUUCGGAUAUAGAGUCAAAUACAAAGAAUAAGUGGAUAUUUUACCAUACUGGUCCCCGUGGAAAUGAAGUUGAAGACAAUUUAUUUUCACACCAAAAUUCUAGAACAUUUGAUGCUUUUGAAAAUUUUCACUACAUAUCAGCUGCGUUACUGGCUUAUGUGAUAAAGGAUCAUAAAUUUUGAGAAAGGUUUUUUAAUUUUGUAAAAAAAAAUCUCCGUUUAUUAUUUAAACAAUUUGUAAUG